ACUAAACUAGAAAAGCCUGCGGUGUUCCUUCCCUCUUUACGUCUUUCAGAAACUCCGACCGACUCGACGCAUCUUUGUCUCCCACCGCUUCGCCCAUCCUCCCCGCCCGAAAAUCUCACCCCUAACCACGAUCCCAUUCUUGGAGAAACCCUAGAAUUCCAUCCACCCCGAGGCCAUGUCAUGGGGUUUGGGGUGGAAGCGGCUUUCCGAGACCUUCCAUCUCGCCCUGGACUAUGGCGAAUCCGACGACAAUGCCGAUAACCCCUCCCCCCCUUCUUCCCCACCACCGCCGUCCUCGUUGCCCUCACCGCCUCCUUCCUCCGCGGGAUUGGGAUUCCGGAUCGAUCUCGACUGGUCGGCCGGCGAGGACGAGGACCAGGUCGCUCUCCGCCUCCAAUCCCAGCUCAUGGUCGCCCUCCCCCUGCCGCAGGACACUGUUGUCCUAGAUCUCCAACAGGAUGAGGAGGGAUGGAUCAAAGUGGACAUGAAGGUCGUGAAGCGGCGGGAGCCUUUGAGAUCGGUGAAGAUGACGAAGGUUCUGAAUUCCGGGCAGCAGAGUGAUGGGAUUGGCGUUUUGACGCGGUUGAUCAGGUCAGAUCUGGCAGCUCUGGGGUCCGGGGAAGACUCUCCAAGGCUUGCGGAUCACUGGAAGAGCCUUAAGGUUCUGAACCUGGGUGGCUGUGGCUUGUCGGUCCUUCCAGUAGAGUUAACACGACUGCCACUACUUGAGAGACUAUACCUUGAUAACAAUAAGCUAACACUUUUGCCACCAGAACUUGGUGAAUUGAGAACUCUGAAAGUGUUACGAGUUGAUCAUAACAUGUUGGUUUCUGUCCCUGUUGAGCUUAGGCAGUGUGUUAUGCUGGUAGAGUUAUCACUGGAACAUAACAAACUUGUCCGCCCACUUCUGGAUUUCAGGGCUAUGGCAGAGCUUCGUGUUCUGAGAUUGUUUGGCAAUCCUCUUGAGUUUCUUCCAGAAAUUUUGCCAUUGCACAAUCUUCGACAUUUAUCCCUUGCUAAUAUCAGAAUUGAGGCAACUGAGAAUCUAAAAUCUGUAACCGUGCAAAUUGAGACAGAUAACAGUUCCUAUUUCACUGCAUCUAGACACAAGCUUAGUGCCUUCUUCUCUCUUAUCUUCCGGUUUUCUUCAUGCCAUCAUCCUUUGCUGGCAUCUGCGCUAGCCAAGAUUAUGCAAGAUCAUAGCAAUCAUAUGGCUGUUAGCAAAGAAGAAAAUGCUAUAAGGCAGCUCAUAAGUAUGAUAAGCAGUGACAAUCGCCAUGUGGUUGAACAAGCAUGUUCUGCUCUUUCUUCACUGGCAGCGGAUGUUUCUCUGGCAAUGCAGUUGAUUAAAUCUGAUGUAAUGCAACCUCUUGAAUCAGUUCUGAGAUCAGUUGACCAAGAAGAGUUGAUAUCUGUAUUGCAAGUCGUGGUCACCUUGGCUUUUGCCUCUGAUAGUGUUGCUCAAAAGAUGUUGACCAAAGAUGUACUGAAAUCACUUAAAGCACUGUGUGCACACAAGAACAUAGAGGUGCAACGCCUAUCUUUAUUUGCAGUUGGCAAUUUAGCUUUCUGUUUGGAGAAUCGUCGCACCCUAGCUCAAUCUGAAAGCUUGCGUGAACUUCUUCUACGCCUGACAGUCACACCAGAGCCACGUGUGAACAAGGCUGCUGGACGUGCUUUGGCAAUUCUUGGAGAAAAUGAGAAUUUGCGUCGAGCGGUAAGAGGAAAGCUGGUUGGGAAGCAAGGGCUACGUAUACUAUCAAUGGAUGGGGGUGGAAUGAAGGGUUUGGCAACAGUUCAGAUCCUUAAACAAAUUGAACAAGGAACUGGAAAGCGUAUUCAUGAAAUGUUUGACCUGAUCUGUGGUACAUCCACGGGUGGUAUGCUUGCAGUAGCUCUUGGCAUUAAACAAAUGACCUUAGAUCAAUGUGAAGAAAUAUACAAAAAACUAGGAAAGCUCGUAUUUGCGGAGCCUAUCCCUAAAGAUGAAGCUACUACCUGGAGAGAGAAAUUCGAUCAACUUUACAAAAGUUCAUCACUAAGCUUUAGAGUAGUUGUGCAUGGGUCCAAACACAGUGCAGAUCAAUUUGAAAGGUUACUGAAAGAGAUGUGUGCUGAUGAAGAUGGUGACCUCUUAAUAGAGUCUGCUGUGAAGGGCAUCCCAAAGGUUUUUGUAGUCUCAACCCUGGUCAGCGUUAUGCCAGCUCAACCAUUUCUGUUCCGAAACUAUCAGUAUCCGGCUGGCACCCCAGAGUUCCCUUCAGGAAUGGCUGAGAGUCCUGCAAUUAGUGCAAUUGGAACAUCUGCCCCUGGUGCUCAAAUUGGUAUCCGGCGUAGUGCUUUUAUUGGAAGCUGCAAGCAUCAUAUAUGGCAAGCUAUAAGAGCGUCAUCUGCUGCUCCAUAUUAUCUUGAUGAUUACUCGGAUGAUGUAAAUCGUUGGCAAGAUGGAGCUAUUGUAGCAAACAAUCCAACUAUCUUUGCUAUAAGAGAAGCACAACUUUUAUGGCCUGAUACACAAAUUGAUUGUAUAGUUUCAAUAGGAUGUGGUUCAGUUCCAACCAAGGCUCGUAAAGGUGGUUGGCGUUAUCUAGAUACAGGACAAGUCUUGAUUGAGAGUGCAUGCUCGGUGGAGCGAGCGGAGGAAGCAAUGGACACUUUGAUGCCGAUGCUUCCUCAAAUGCAUUAUUUUCGAUUUAACCCAGUUGAUGAGCGAUGUGGAAUGGAACUAGAUGAGACUGAUCCCGCCAUUUGGCUUAAGCUGGAAGCUUCAACUGAGGAGUACAUUCAGAAAAAUUCUCAGUCUUUCAAGAACCUCUGUGAGCGACUAGUUCCAAGAUACCAUGGUGAAGAAAAAUUAAUGGAGAAAUUGAAGAAUCAUCAAUUUUCUAAAUCAAAACCAUCAAACUCAGGGCUCGAUGAAAACAGCCCUUCAUUAGGCUGGAGGCGCAUGGUACUACUUGUGGAAUCUUCAUACAGUCCUGAUUCUGGAAGGACUAUUCAUCAUGCUCGUUCUCUUGAGACCUUUUGUGCUCGGAAUGGCAUUAGAUUAUCUCUUCUGAAUCGAGCAUCAGGAUUUUCCAAGCCAGCAACUGCAUUUCCUUCACCAUUUACAUCACCAUUGUUUACUGGAAGCUUUCCAUCAAGUCCACUUCUAUAUAGUCCUGAAUUUGGUCCUCAGCGAGCAAAUCGGAUUGAUUUAGUUCCACCACUUAGCCUGGAUGGUCAUGCAAAUGUGAAGGCACCAGGAUCACCACCAACAUCUCCAUUAUUGUCUAGGCAACCCUCUAUACAUGUUCGUGCAUUACACGAUAAAUUACAGAAUUUGCCCCAAGUAGGCAUAAUUCAUCUGGCUCUUCAAAAUGACUCGACAGGUUCAAUAUUAAGUUGGCAGAAUGACGUGUUUGUGGUUGCGGAACCUGGUGAGCUUGCAGAUUUAUUUCUUCAGAGUGUUAAGCUGAGCUUGUCAUCAAUGAUGCGAGGGCAUAACAGAAAAGAUGCUUAUUCACUAACAAAUUUUUCAUCUGUCACUGAUUUGAUUGCACGAUGGCCCUGGUUUCAAGUUGGAGGGAUCGUCCAUCGUUAUAUCGGACGGCAAACACAAGUUGGAGCAUGGAGAGACAGAAUUAUUAUUUGCACUGGAAAGUAUGGACCUGCUAAUAGCCUGGUGAAGGCUUUCCUGGAUUCAGGUGCCAAAGCUGUUGUUUCAUCAUCGCUUGAACCUCCUGAUCCGCAGUCUGUGUUAUUCCAUGGGACAGCUGAAUAUAAUGGUUGGGAGAGUGGAAAAUUUGUUAUUGGGGAUGAAGAGGCUGAGGAUGAAGAGCCAGAGCCAGCCAGUCCUGCGAGUGAUUGGGAAGACAGCGAUGUGGAGAAAGGUAGUGACCACCCCUUGAACCUGACGGAUGACAAUGAAGAGGAACUAUCCCAGUUCGUUUGCCUUUUGUAUGACACAUUGUUCCAAGAAGGAUCAAGAGUAGAUGCUGCUUUGCAGCAUGCACUCCGCUCCUAUCCAAAGUUGAAAUACACUUGCCACCUACAAAACAUACUUUAGUUGUAAUAGAAAACAACAUUAAAACUAUAAAUAAUUCAAUAUAGUAAAAGUAAGAAAAAUAGAGGGUAAAGAGCAAAAUCCAGUUUUGGGCUAUAGAGCAUGUUUCUUUAUAUACCAGAAAAAAGAAAAAUAGGGAUUCCGUAACCAUCCGCACUCUCUUGCAGCAACUGAUACAUUGUGUGUAUUAUAUGAGAUACAAUUUAAUGCAUAAAUGGGGGGUCCUUUGAGACCUUUCUUUUUCUA